GGCGCCGCCCGUGCGCGGGGGCUGGGGGCCGAGGGGGAGGUUCCCGCGAGGUGGUUCUCGGGCUCCUCCUCGGCGCUCAGGUUUCCUCUCCCGCCCGCCGGCUGCUGGCUGCGGCGCCGCCUCCCUCCCCCUCGCGGCCGGGCCCACUCUGCGGCCUCUGCCCGCCUCGCCCCCGCCCGGGCCUCCUCCCGCUUUCUCUCUCCGCUUCCCCUCGAGCCUCCGGAGGAGCCCGCAGCCGCGGGGCGCCCGGGAAGAUGGCGGCGGCGGGAGGCGGCAGCGGCGAGGGGGGCGCGGGCCUGGGCGGCGCGGCGGGGUCGGGGUCGGGGCCGGGGCCCUCCGCCGGCGCCAGCGAGGACCCUGCCCGGGGCCCCGCGCCCAGCGCGCUGCACCCCGAGGAGGUCGCUGCGCGGCUGCAGCGGAUGCGCCGGGAGCUGAGCAACCGCAGGAAAAUCCUGGUGAAAAACCUGCCCCAGGACAGCAGCUGCCAGGAAGUUCAUGAUUUAUUACAAGACUAUGAGUUAAAGUAUUGUUAUGUGGACAGAAAUAAGAGAACAGCUUUUGUUACCUUACUGAAUGGGGAACAAGCCCAGAAUGCAAUUCAGAUGUUCCAUCAAUAUUCUUUUCGAGGAAAGGACUUAAUUGUUCAGCUCCAGCCAACAGAUGCUUUGCUGUGUAUUACCAACUUACCCACUUCUUUUACAUUAGAAGAGUUUGAAGAACUUGUUCGUGCUUAUGGAAAUAUCGAGAGAUGUUUUCUAGUCUACAGUGAGGUUACUGGCCAUUCCAAAGGCUAUGGAUUUGUGGAAUACAUGAAAAAGGACUUUGCUGCAAAGGCUAGAUUGGAGUUAUUGGGUAAACAAUUGGGAGCAUCAGCUCUGUUUGCACAAUGGAUGGAUGUUAAUCUAUUGGCUGCAGAGCUAAUUCAUUCUAAGUGCCUUUGUAUAGAUAAACUCCCUAGUGACUACAGGGAUUCAGAGGAGCUGUUGCAAUUUUUUUCCAGUAUACAUAAACCUGUGUUUUGCCAGCUUGCACAGGAUGAAGGUAGUUAUGUUGGCGGCUUUGCAGUGGUGGAAUAUAACACUGCAGAGCAUGCUGAAGAGGUUCAGCAAGCCGCUGAUGGUAUGACGAUCAAGGGAAGCAAAGUCCACGUUUCCUUCUGUGCCCCAGGAGCACCUGGGCGAAGUACAUUAGCAGCAUUGAUAGCAGCUCAACGUGUGAUGCACAGUAAUCAAAAAGGCUUACUUCCAGAGCCAAAUCCUGUACAAAUUAUGAAAAGUUUGAACAACCCUGCCCUGUUACAAGUCCUUCUACAACCCCAGCUUUGUGGACGAGCUGUUAAACCAGCAGUUCUUGGAACACCUCACAGCUUGCCACAUCUGAUGAAUCCAUCCAUCUCCCCUGCAUUUUUACAUCUGAAUAAAGCACAUCAGAGCACAGUUAUGGGUAAUACUUCUAAUUUAUUCCUUCAGAAUCUUUCUCACGUACCAUUGGCACAGCAACAAUUAAUGAAGUUUGAGAAUAUUCCUAAUAAUAAACCGGGCUUACUUGGAGAUCCCCCAGCCAUGAUACUUCAAACCACAGUAGGGAUGGGGUCAGCGCUUCCUUUGAAAACAGAGUUGGGUCAUCAUGGAGAAGCACAUAAAACAUCUAAUCUGAUUCCAACUCAAACAACUAUAACAGCUGGAAUGGGCAUGUUACCAUUCUUUCCAAAUCAGCACAUUGCUGGACAAGCUGGGCCAGGGCACGGGAAUACUCAGGAGAAACAGCCAGCCUCGGUGGGGAAGGCAGAAGGAAAUUUCUCAGGGUCACAGGCUUAUCUUCAGAGCUUUCCAAACCUUACUGCAGGAGGCUUGCUGACAGGACACCAUAAGCAACAGCAGAGUCAGCCAAGAGGCUCGGAGAUAAGUUCAGGGGCUGCUUCUAAGAAUCAGACUUCACUAUUGGGAGAACCACCAAAAGAAAUACGGCUCAGUAAAAAUCCAUACUUGAACUUGGCAAGUGUGUUGCCCAGUGUGUGCUUAUCAUCCCCUGCAAGUAAAACCACUCUACAGAAGACUGGAAUUGCAAGCAACAUUCUGGAUGCAAUCUCUCAGGGAAAUGAAUCACAACACACAUUGGAAAAGUGCAUUUCUUAUUCUCAACCUUUUGGUGAUUAUGCACAGGUGUCCUCUUUAAGAAAUGAAAAACGAGGUUCAUCAACUCUCCUCUCUGCCCCAGAAGGCGGUUCCGUGGAAUUUGUUGGCCAGCAUCCUCAGGGCACAGGAGCAUAUUACAUGGAAACCUACUUAAAAAAGAAGCGUGUAUACUGAGUUAAGUUUUCUCCUUAGAGCCUCCUAAGGUUUUUUGCAGUAUCUCUGCUGUUCAUCGCUGCCUUAACUACAUUCAGACUAGCCAUAUCCUUUAAAUACGGGUUUCUAAUUUCCCAGAAGGAACUGUAUAGUGCAGCAAGCAGAAUUGCCAAAUAAAAAAUAAGUAGCAAUAAGACAAUUGAAGACAUUUUCCAUUAGAAUUAGAUGCAUCUUAAUGUGGUAUUAACUUACAGUCCAUUGAAGAAUUUAACAGUGUUCCGGUAUUCCUUGUCUAGGACCGGGAAUAAUUUUGACACCAGAUAUAAAAGUGUGAAGCAAUAAAUGGGAAACAGUCUUGUUUCCUGAGCCUUAGAAGAAUGAGUUUCUUAUAUGCCAGUGUGCAUUUCAGUUGACUUUCCCUAGAAAUAACUCAUUUAUAGAUUUUUAGGACUUUUUCCUAGAACUAGAAGAUUGCGAGUACAAAAAUGCAGUGAUGGUAAUGCAAACUAAUUACCCCCACGCCAGCCCUGCAGUAUAAAACCCAGAGUGAUAGUGAUAUCCAAGUUAUACACAACUACGGAUGCUUUACUUUUAAUGUUAUGUACCAUUUAUACCUUUUGUGAAAAACAAGGUAUUUUUUAAAAAAGUAGCUUUGGUGAAGUUAUUUCAGGGGUUGGCAGCCUACACCCUGGGGUCAAGUUCAGUCAUCCCUGUUUUUAUAUCGUCUGCAAGCUGAGAGUGAUGUUUAUAUUUUUAAGUGAAGUAGAAAAGAUUUGAAUUCUUGAAGUUCAAAUUUCAGUGUCUAUAUAAAAUUUUAUUGGAACACAAAUCUGUUCAUUUACAUACUGUCUAUGGCUACUUUUGUGCUCUCGUGGCAGUGCUGAGUAGCUGUGACAGAGAUCAUAUGGUCUGCAAAACCUAAAAUAUUGUCUGGACCUUUUGUGGGGAAAGUGUGCUAACCCUUGAUCUAAUAGCACGAAUUCCCUAAUCCUUUAAUUUUUGCAACAGGCUUGUAAGCAGCAAGCAAUAUAGUUUCUGCAUCUGAUUUCAUGGCAUAAACUAGUAAUGAUCUAAUUGCUACAACAAGGUCUAUUUUGAUCCUCAAAUGCCCUGUUUCCACACUCAGUACUGCUCUUUCUGAAGGAGUACUGUGGAGUAAGAGUGUAACGAUUUUGAGUUAGCGAGUUGUACCUCACUUUCUGCUUUGUCUCUUACCAUUUUGUAGUGUUAGGCUGAAAAGUUAAUUCAAUUUACUUCUGUAAGAAUUGUGUUUAUUGCAUAUAACUUUCACCAUUUCCUGAAGACUUUGGUGUUGAAAAACCCUUUGCUGUCUAGGAAUUUCCACGUUUGUUCCUUGUUAUGAGACUGUAAUUGAGGAUAUGGAGUUUAGGCGUCUCAAUGAUCCUAGUCUUUCUGAAAUCAGAUUAAAUAGUAAUUCGGUUGGGAGACAAGUUUUGACUAUAAGGUACCCUAUUUUAAUUAUGAAGUUUAAAAUUGGUACACAUAUUGUAGGACUUGUAAAAAAAAUUUACUCGGUCUAAUUCAUUUCACAUAUUAACUUCUAUUCGAAAAUGACAGCUACAAAGCUAAUGUCUGAGAAGUAAACUGCCUCUAAGUAACCAGUUUUUAACUCAGCAGAUGAAUAAUGGUUUCUCCACAUUCUGUACUUCACCUUCCCAUCUCCCACUGCAUUAAGCAUUUUCAGUGCUUAGUCACACCUCUCCCACAGUAAACGUAAAUCAGAGCUGCAAAAUGAAAGCACAAAGAGGUUGAAGGAACGAAAAGAGAUUCUGGAUUAGAGCACAUGAGGAUCUGCCAUCUGUACUGGCCUGUGCCCUGUCAUCAUUGGACAUAACAGAUAAAUCAAGUGGUAGGUGUUUGCAAUGAGGACCAUUACCAAACUCCCCCACCCCCUGCAAAGUCUAUACUGUUAUUUUUCUAUGUAAACAAACUGUCUGAAUGCUUUGAAAGUGAAAUCUUAAUAUUAAAAGGCAUAUGCAUGUGAA